UUUGCCAAAACAACGAACACAAAGGGAAAGAAGAGAGGUACCUGCUAUAUGUUUUCUAGGACUUUUAGAAAACAUGGAGUUGUUCCUUUAGCAACGUAUACGCGAAUCUACAAGAAAGGUGAUAUUGUAGACAUCAAGGGGAUGGGCACUGUUCAAAAACGAAUGCCUCACAAAUGUUACCAUUGCAAAACCGGAAGAGUCUACAAUGUUACCCAGCACACUGUUGGUAUCGUUGUAAACAAACAAGGGAAGGGCAAGAUUCUUGCCAAAAGAAUUAAUGUACAUAUUGAGCAUAGUAAACACUCUAAGAGCCAAGAUAACUUCUUGAAGCGUGUGAAGGAAAAUGAUCAGGAAAAAAAGGAAGCCAAAGAGAAAGGUACUUGGGUUCAACUGGAACGCCAGCCUGCUGCACCCGGAGAAGCACACUGGGUGAGAACUAAUGGAAAGGAGCCCGAGCUACUGGAGCCCAUUCCCUAUGAAUUCAUGGCAUAA